UAUUUCUUUCUGGCAACAGAAGGUUGUGGGAGAGGAGCUGAAGCCGACUGCAGCCAUGAUAAGUGCUGGCAGGAUCACGUCAAGGUCUUGCGUGCAGCCAAUCUAUCAGCAUGGCUUUAUUUGCCGAUCCUACCGGUUCUAGUUUAAAAUCUGGGGUUCCAGGCCUCUCCUUCCAGGCAAAGACAGGCCGAGGAGCCGGAAGUAGGGAGGACCUUAGAGCACGUGAUGGGGAAUCCGCGCGCUCUCUCACGUGACCCGGCAACCUGCUGCUCCGCGGCGAGGAACGCUUGUUUGCUCUUAAAGACCCUCACCCUCCUGUUGGGGGCCAAUUCCGACUCCUUGCUGACCUGGGGCCCCUCGGGGAGCCGCGCUGGACGCCAUGGACGGCCGCAGGGACUCGCGACAGUGCCUGACAGAUUCCCAGGGGGAAGAAGAGACCGUCCCGGAGCUCCGGGCCUCUCGGUCGGGCAAUCAGAGCGCCCACUGGAGGAACGCAGUGGGCUUCUGGUGGACCCAGGGCCAGCACCCACUCCCCACAACAACUCCUCUCGCUUCGACUGCAACCCUGUCUCCACAGCUGCCGUCCUGCUGGCAGACAUUCUCCCCACCCUCGUCAUCAAACUGCUGGCUCCUCUUGGGCUCCAUCUGCUGCCCUACAGCCCUCGGGUUCUGGUCAGCGGGCUGUGUGCUGCUGGAAGCUUCCUCCUCGUGGCCUUUUCUGACUCUGUGGGGAUCAGCCUGUGCGGUGUGGUCUUGGCCAGCAUCUCAUCAGGUCUAGGAGAGGUCACCUUCCUGUCCCUCACUGCCAUCUACCCCAGGGCUGUGAUCUCCUGGUGGUCCUCGGGAACUGGGGGUGCAGGGCUGCUCGGUGCCCUGUCCUAUCUGGGCCUCACCCAGGCAGGCCUCUCCCCACAGAACACCCUGCUAUCUAUGCUGGGUAUACCUGCCCUCCUGCUGGCCAGCUAUUUCUUACUGCUCACGGCCCCUGAGCCCCAAGAUCCUGGAGGGGAAGCAGAAGCCGAUCCAGCAACGCGGCAGCCCCUGUUAAGCCCCGAGGUCCCAGAGGCAAAGCCAGCCUCCAGCUGGAACCUGUCCUGCCAGGAAAAGUGGACUGUAUUCAAGGGCCUGCUGUAUUACAUCAUCCCGCUGGUGCUGGUCUAUUUUGCCGAGUAUUUCAUCAACCAGGGGCUUUUUGAACUGCUCUUCUUCCGGAACACACACCUGACCCAUACCCAGCAGUACCGUUGGUACCAGAUGCUGUACCAGGCUGGAGUGUUCGCCUCCCGCUCUUCUCUCCGCUGCUGCCGCAUCCGCUUCACUUGGGCCCUGGCCAUGCUGCAGUGCCUCAACAUGGCCAUGCUGCUGGCAGACAUCUGGCUGGGCUUCCUGCCAAGCAUCUACCUCGUCUUUCUGAUCAUUCUGUAUGAGGGGCUCCUGGGAGGCGCAGCCUACGUCAACACCUUCCACAACAUUGCCUUGGAGACCAGUGAUAAGCAUCGUGAGUUCGCCAUGGCCGCCGCCUGCAUCUCUGACACCUUGGGGAUCUCACUGUCGGGGCUCCUGGCCUUGCCAGUGCACAACUUCUUCUGCCGCCUCUCCUGAUGUGGAUAGAUGUGAAGUGGGGAUAAGGGACACGCUGGGAGCAGGAGGGCGGGUUACACAUGCCUGUGCUUCUGGCUCCAGGGUCCCUGGUCCCUGCGCUCCCGUCACGGGCUCCCCUGUGGGGGAAAGGGAAGUGCCAGACUUUGUGCCGGGCAGCGUAUCUCCCACUCCCAAGCUGGACUCAGGGAGUUUCUUGGUGGCUUUGUGCCAUCUAAAUAAAUGCCCAUUUUAUCAAUGGA